UCUUCCUCCCUCUCUCUUUCUAUUAGUAUUUUUAUGUGGACUAAUCCUAGAGAAUCGGCUAAUGUUUGUUUUUUCUUGUUACUUGUCACAAUUUCGUUGAUCUGGAUAUCAGCCGCCAUGUUGCUCUCACUGCUAUGUUUACUGUUCUUUUUUAAUCAAAGUUUCAUUAAUGAGACAAGAUCAGUUUUAAGAAGAAUUAAAAAUUCAAUGAUCAGAUCUAAACCAGUAUCACAGUCACGUUUAAUAACUCCUUCAAAUUCAUCAACUACUCCUCCAUUAACUGCUGGUCCAGCUCCUGAUCAAUCAAACACUCAAAGCAACAAUAAUGAUGAUGAAAGUCCAGCUAAUAAUAAUGCUAAUAAUGAAGAAAUGACAUCAUCUAAUGAAACUAGUGAAAGACAUCACGGAAAAGAGCAUGAAAAAAAUAACAAUUGCAAUAAAUGUGGUGCUUCAUUUGCCAGUUUAUUAAAGAGAAAACACACUUGUAAUUACUGUGGACAGAUCUAUUGUGGAUCCUGUACAGUAAAAGUAACAAAAGCAUCAUUAGGAGCAACAUCUCCAGCUGCUUUCCAACAGACAGUAAGAGUAUGUCAGGGCUGCAAAAUAAAACUAGACUCACCAUCACAACCUGGAGAUUAAUUAUUUAUU